AUGCUUCCCAGGCGCAUUGUAGCGGCUCGCCCGCUGGCUCGAGCCAUCGUCCCCGCCGUAGCCCGACCACGACCCCAAUUCACACAAAUCCGAACCGCCCUCACCGAUGCCGAGAAGAGCGCGGUUGAGCUCGCUGACCCGAACCAAAAUGGCGGCUACGUCAACCCUCCCGCUGAGAAGCGAGGAAACCGCGACCCAUAUGGCGAUUACUGGGACAAGCAGGAGCGCCGCAACUAUGGCGAGCCCUGCCACGAGGAUAACGAUAUUCUCGGAGUCCUAGCCCUGCACGACUACAACCACUUCUCCCCCCAAUGGGGCUUCGUCCUGAUGGGCACAUUCAUUGCGACUGUCUUCGGACUCUGCGCAGCUGUUGGUACCAUCUACCCCGACAAGCUCAGUGCUCCCAAGACAUACCCAGAUGGUUUGGAGGCCGAGCUGGGCGGGAAAGGUGCAUUGCUGGCAAGGAAGCCCGGUGAGGGCUGGUAA